AUGAAAAUCAUAAUCUAUGUUGUGAUUUUGGCAAUUGUUGUCAUUUCAUGUUUUAUCGAUAUCUUCUUUUGGAUGAGACGCACAAGGAAGAAAGCUUUUGCUGCAACUUCUUAUAACAAUUGGCAAUUGCGUCUCUCUUUCUUGGAGCUAUUUAGAUCAACUAAUGGAUUCUCAACGGAUAAUUUGAUUGUUAUUGGUAGCUUUGGUUCUGUAUAUAAAGCAGUUCUACAAGAAAGUGAAACAGUAGUUUCUGUGAAGCUAUUCAACCUUCUGCAAUGGGGAGCUUCUAAAAGUUUUGUAGCUGAAUGCGAGACCUUGAAAGAUGUUUGGCAUCGUAAUCUUGUCAAGAUAUUGACAGCCUGCUCAAGUAUUGAUUUUGAAAUGAAUGAAUUCAAUGCUCUAGUUUAUGAGUUCAUGCCCAGUGGGAGCCUAUAUGAAUGA